AUGUUAGAUAAAAAAGCAGAUAAAGAACAUACACAUAACUCCUUCUCAACUGUUGCUAUAGAAAGUAUUGAAGGAACGGUUGGCGGAACUGGUGGGGAUGCAUUAUAUUAUAAACCUCCUAACUUUCCACAAGGUUUAACAUCGAAUGAAAACAUAACAACGAAGAAAGAAAUUAGCUGUAAAAAUGUUUAUGUCAUGGAUGAUGAAAAUAAUGUUAAAUUCACUGCUCAAGAUUUAUAUGAUAAGAAAGCAGACAAAACAGAGCUUCAAACAUUAAAGACUGAAAUACUUCAAACAUUAUAUCCUGUUGGUUCUAUUUAUACGUCAAUGAACUCAACAAAUCCAGAAACAGUUUUAGGUUUUGGUACGUGGAAGCAGAUUGUAGAUAAAUUCUUAUACUGUGCUAGAUAUUCAAAGCAAACAGGAGGUUCGAAGAAAAUUAAAGAAGCAAACCUUCCACCGCACACUCAUACAGGAACUACAAACUUUUCUGGCGACCAUAGCCACUCAUUAAGAGACCACCCAUUAUACAACUCAGAGUAUGAAGCUGGCAAUGACGUUUUAUCUCCAUCUUAUAACAAUGCAGCAAAAAAGAUUUUUCGACCAACUGAACCAGGAGGAAAUCAUUCACACACUUUCACAACAAAUCCAACAGGCUCGGGUGCAGAUUACAUGCCACCAUUUGUGACUGUAUUUGCAUGGUACCGCGUUCAAUGA